GGGACGUAACAUAAAUCCUAAGCCAUAAAAUAAAAAAAAGAGAGAAAUGGCGAAAGAGAAGUAGUGGAAAUUAUACUUUUGCUAAGUAGUAGUAAAAUAUGAGUAUUAAUUUAGAAGAAAUGUAAUGUGAAUAAGUGUUAAUAUAUGUUGUUACACCAGAAUAUCUGUUUAUGUUAUAAUAUUUAGUUAAACGGUGUGCUUGGAGUAUUUAGACAAAUUUCGAAUGCUCCAUUUCAGGAAACUAUAGACGUUUUUGAUUAUUUUAAUUAUUGUUGGAUUAUAGGAUAAACAAAUAUGAAUAAUUGUGGGGGUGGUGCUGGCGGAAUACUAGGCUCAGGGGCGGCUCCAUAUGAUGCUAAAAUUGCUGGGCUGUAUGAUCUCUUAGACACACUUGGAUCAGGACAUUUUGCAGUAGUAAAAUUGGCAAGGCAUGUUUUCACUGGAGAGAAAGUAGCUGUUAAAGUAAUUGAUAAAAGCAAAUUGGAUGAAGUUUCAAAAUCACAUUUGUUUCAAGAGGUUCGAUGCAUGAAAUUAGUUCAGCAUCCAAAUGUAGUAAGACUAUAUGAAGUCAUUGACACACAGACAAAGUUGUAUUUAAUAUUAGAAUUAGGUGAUGGAGGUGAUCUGUAUGAUUAUAUUAUGAGACAUGAAUCUGGUCUGUCUGAAUCUCUAGCCCGGGAUUACUUUCGCCAAAUUGUUCGUGCAAUCUCAUAUUGUCACAGGUUACAUGUUGUUCACCGAGAUUUGAAACCUGAGAAUGUAGUGUUUUUUGAGAAAUUAGGUGUAGUUAAAUUGACUGAUUUUGGUUUUAGUAAUAAGUUUUGUCCUGGACAAAAAUUAGAAACAUCAUGUGGGUCUUUAGCUUACUCUGCACCUGAAAUUCUGCUUGGUGAUUCAUAUGAUGCUCCUGCAGUAGAUGUUUGGUCACUUGGUGUUAUAUUGUAUAUGUUAGUGUGUGGUCAGGCACCAUUCCAGGAAGCGAAUGAUAGUGAGACUCUGACAAUGAUAAUGGACUGUAAAUACACUAUUCCUUCGCACAUUACAAACUCAUGCAGAAGAUUAAUAGGCCGAAUGUUAGUACGAGAGCCAGAGAAACGGGCUACAUUGUCUGAAAUAGCUACUGAUCCCUGGGUAACAGCUGGUGAGGGUGUAACUGUCGAAGAUUUUGAUGCUCCUUUAGUGACAAAACAGGAAUUGACCGAAACUGAUAAGGCAACCAUUAUUCAAAUAAUGGUAGAGGGUGAUAUUGCAUCAAAAGAUUUAAUAUUAGAAGAAUUAGAAAAAAGUGAAUACAACCACAUUACUGCAACUUAUUAUCUACUAGCAGAAAAACAGCUUAGGUCUAAGAGAUUAGAGUCCCGACACAAUGCGCGGCGUCCUGACGCAUUGGCGGUGACGCGAGGCGGUAGAGGUCUCCUAGCGCCGCCGCAAAUAACCGCCGCGCCACGAACACCGCACGAUUUGCCACCUAGAUCGCGAAAGUGCAGUAUAGUGCGCGAGGAGGACGACGAUGAAGAUGGCGGCGUGGGAGGAGCUGGCGCGGGGGCGGGCGCGGGGCCGCACGACUCGCGCCGCGGCUCGCGCUCCGAGGGCAGGCUGCAGCUGGCCCGCCCGGCGCAGCUCGCAGACAACCUCACCAAGCGAGUUACCUGCAAUCAAACUGCGUAA